AUGGAACUUUGUCCCGUAGUUUGUGGAGUUAACAACGAUAUCUGCCAUAUUAAUGCAGAGUGCAUUGACGUUGGUGGCAGCUUUACGUGUGUUUGUAAAACAGGAUAUACAGGAGAUGGCAUCAUUGACUGUUCUAAUAUCAACGAGUGUUUGAUAGACAACGGCGGCUGCCACGUCAACGCAGAUUGCAUCGACACAGACGGAAGCUACACGUGCGUUUGUAAACCAGGAUAUACCGGGGAUGGGGUCAUUAUCUGCGAUAAUAUCAACGAGUGUUUGAUAGACAACGGCGGCUGCCACGUCAACGCAGAUUGCAUCGACACAGACGGAAAUUACACGUGCGUUUGUAAAACAGGAUAUACCGGGGAUGGCUAUAUUAGCUGCACAAAUAUCAACGAGUGUUUGAUAGACAACGGCGGCUGCCACGUCAACGCAGAUUGCAUCGACACAGACGGAAGCUACACGUGCGUUUGUAAAACAGGAUACACUGGCGAUGGCGUCAUUAGCUGCACUAAUAUCAACGAAUGUUUGAUAGACAACGGAGGCUGCCACGUCAACGCAGAUUGCAUCGACACAGACGGAAGCUACACGUGCGUUUGUAAAACAGGAUACACUGGCGAUGGAUUUACUACCUGCACUAAUAUCAACGAGUGUUUGAUAGACAACGGAGGCUGCCACGUCAACGCAGAUUGCAUCGACACAGACGGAAGCUACACGUGCGUUUGUAAAACAGGAUACACUGGGGAUGGAUUUACUACGUGCACUAAUAUCAACGAGUGUUUGAUAGACAACGGAGGCUGCCACGUCAACGCAGAUUGCAUCGACACAGACGGAAGCUACACGUGCGUUUGUAAAACAGGAUACACUGGGGAUGGAUUUAUUAACUGUACUAACAUCAAUGAGUGUCUAACGAAUAACGGCGGAUGCGACGUCAACGCCGACUGCACGGACACGGACGGCAGCUACACUUGCACUUGCAAGACGGGUUAUACUGGUGAUGGAUUUACCUGCACAGUUCUGAGCGCUUGUGGAUCAUGUAACAGGACCAUAAUUGUCAAUCAAGCCAAUUAUCCGUCCACAACCGGCACCGAAACCUGGUCAUCCCCCAACUAUCCUAACGAUUAUCCGGACGGUUGUGUGUGCUGUCUCUUCGUUGAGCUUCAGGAUGUUGGCACUAUCUCCUUCGGCUUCAAUUCCGGUGACACGAUCUUCACGGCAACCAACUGCGCGCAAGAUCGUCUGGAUAUCGACUCGUCUGAUGAUAAUUACGAUGCAGUCAUCUGUGACGAUUUGACUUCAAAAACUCACUUCAUGAUCAAAUCGGACUCAGCGGAGCCUAAUCCAACGACAACAGCGUGCUUUAUAACUUCCUUUGCUGAUGGCAACACCGUUGCAAAAGGAUUCGAAAUGACCCUCACAAUUACUUUAAUUGUCUAAGAGAAGCCAAAAGAGAAAUGAUCCUAAUGAUGAGACAAAAUGAGAAAAGUUAUAAUAGCUCCUUUGGACAAGAUCAACUUUAAAUAUAAUUUGCAAAUCAUUCAGGACUCCGUCUGUCUUACACACACUCACAGUUUAUAAAUUUGAAUGAUGUUUAUGAUAAUAAACACAGGAUCAACUGUAUAUUUAUUUU